ACCUCAAGAAGACAAAAGAAAGAUGAAGUGUGUGGUGAAGAAACUACUAUGUUGUGGAGCUAAGAGCUUUUCUCAAAGAGCAACGACAUUACCGGAAGAAGGAAGAGUCCGAGUUUAUGUCGGAAACGACAGAGAUACGCAGUGUAAGUUAGAGAUGGAUGCUGAGUUGUUGACACAUCCAUUGUUCGAGGAACUUCUUAGGUUAUCUGAAGAAGAGUUUGGUCAUUCAUAUGAUGGUGCUUUAAGGAUCGCUUGUGAGAUCCAAGUGUUCAUGAACUUGAUUCAUUACCUUAAGUCCACGAGUCAUACUUCUCCUCAUUACAUGAUGAGUACAUCUCAUUAUCUACAUUGAUGAAUGAUCCAUGCAUAGAAGAAGAUAGCUUCCUUCUCACGUAUGAGUAUUUCAGAAUUUCAAUUCACAUUUAUUCUUUUAUUAUGCAUUCCAAACAAAGUAUGGAAGAGGUUUAA